AUGCUCAAGCAACCACGACAGACAGGCGACGACAUAUGGAAGACCCGCGUCGACAAGAUCAGCGCCGAGCUGUUCACCCUCACAUACGGCUCCGUUGUCGCCCAGCUGAUCAAAGACCACGAGAACUAUAUUGAGGUCAAUAAGCAUCUAGAUAAGAUGGGAUACAAUAUUGGAGUGAAAUUGAUUGAAGACUUUCUGGCAAAGUCUGGGGUGAACAAGUGUGGCGACUUUCGGGAGACGGCUGAUACGAUAGCAAAGGUCGGCUUCAAGAUCUUCCUCAACAUAACCCCCACAAUAACCUCCUUCUCCGCCGACUCUAAAGAAUUCUCGCUCAUCCUCGACGACAACCCGUUAUCCGAGUUCGUCGAGCUGCCAGAUGACGCCGUGACCGAACUAUGGUACUCCAACAUCCUGUGCGGGGUGCUGCGCGGCGCGCUCGAGAUGGUGCAGAUGCAGGUCGAGGCGUGGUUUGUGAGCGAUGUGUUAAGGGGGGAUGAGGUGACGGAGUUGAGGGUUAGGCUGGUCAAAUAUUUGGAGGAGGAGGCGCCCGCGGCCGAGGAUUAG